GCGAUAAACACAAAUACGGAGCAAAUGGCGAGCACCUCUUGCUAAUGGAGAUUCCUCGCUCGAAUGAGAGUUAAAAAAAUAUGAGUAGGAUCAGCUGUCAAGCUUUGCAGAAAUUUCGAAGCAAUUCGAGGGUGAAUUUGUUGUCACGUCUUUCUAGUAUUAUGAAAUAAAAUAUGUAAUGCCAUUCGAGAGGUGCUCGUUAUUAAUCUGAAGCUGACAUGGAGAAGACUAGCAUGGACGAGUUGAUCUCAAUAUUAAUCUCCGGCACACACGAGGAGUUUUGUAAAAAUAUUGUUGUAUUUCUAGAGAUUUACGAUAAAAAGACAAAGUUUGACGAGCUGGAUAGUACCUGUUCACGAGAGAAGCUAUGGAAGAGAUUAUUUUAUUACUUAACAGAUUACGUUCAUACAGAUCAACAUCAUCAUUGUUUAGCUGCUUUGAGAAUACUCAGCCGUGACAAAACCAACUUAAAUGACCUGAUCACUGACGAUGAAAUAAAAAUUAUAUUACAAAACGCAGGCUUAACAAAAAUAUGCGAAGGAGAACAAAUCUCACAUACAAUCGUUACAAUAGAAUCACUGAAAUUACUGUGCAAUUUAUUGUAUAAUAGCGUAAAAGUGCAACGUUCGAAAGUAUUGAUAUCCUCUUUGUCUUAUCUCAUUGACCGGAUAGAAAAUUAUACGACUGACGUUCCUCAUGAUGUGAAAUUAUUUGAUUUAAGAAUAUUAUUUUUACUCACUGCACUAAAUACAUCUACAAGAGAUGUAGUCAAAUCUGAAUUAUGUGGUGAUGCAUAUCUUAUUGAAAUAUUAAAGAAAUUUGUAACGCAAAAUCAAAAUAACAAGAUAACUACUGAUAUUAAGGCUGAGGAAUUAACGAUAGUUUGCGAAGUUUUAAAAGUUCUAUUUAAUUUGUAUAUACAUUCGGAUGAUACUGGGACCGAGGACCAAGAGAAAUAUAAGAACUUGGUGUUAAUUUUGUAUAAAUUGUUAACUCUUACAUACUCAGUGCAGCAAGAUGAACUUGAAAGUCAUGUCGUCAAUUUGUUGACCGUGAUACCGUAUAGUUGUUACACACCAAUUGUACAAGCUGUUGAAGGCAACAAUUGUAAAGAUAUAUAUCAAAACAUGGAUAUGAGCGCUAUAAGUGUAUUACUCAGAUUUUUAGAUAAAAAAUUAGAAUGUAAAACGCAUUUAUUAGAAAAUUUUUCUCCAAUAGUUACUGCACUGGUUAGGCUCGUUAAAUCAGAGAGGAUUAUUCGCAAAUACGUAAGACUGCAGAUUCUGCCUCCAUUAAAGGAUGUUAUGAAUCGUCCUGAAGAAGGAACGACAUUAAGAGCUAAAUUAUGCAAAUUAUUAACAUCGCCUAUCACAGAAUUGCGUGAUCUAGUUGCAGAACUUUUGUUUGUCCUUUGUAAAGAAAAUGUUAACCGCAUGGUGAAAUAUACAGGAUACGGAAAUGCGGCGGGAAUGUUUGCCACUAAAGGAUUAUUAGGGCGUAGCCACCAAGCGGAAACGCUUUAUUCCUCUGACUCGGAAAAUAGCGAAACGGAAGAAUAUCAGAAGUAUAAAGAGCAGAUAAACCCAGUAACCGGAUGUUUUGAGCAGCCCAAGCCAAAUCCGUUUGAAGGCAUGACUGAGGAGCAAAAGGAAUAUGAAGCUUUAAAACUAGUAAAUCUUGUUGAUAAAUUAACGAGGGAAGGAGUCGUGCGUCCCUGCCGCAUUGGUGACGAUGGAAAGCCAGAACCGAUAGAACACGUUCUCGAAUUGCAGAACGAGUUACCGAAACAGCAGUACGGCAAAAAGGACUCAGACUCCGAAUAAAUAUAUGUUAUAUAUCUCCAAAAUACAGGACGAUCUGUAUAGAUAUAUGUAUAGAUGUAUUCUUCCGAAUAAAGAUAUUUAAGUCGAAAAUUUA